AGCAGCCACCCCUGAGCAUUGCCUUCUGAGCUGUUCUGUGGGACCAAGCUGCGGAGUCAGGCCAACAUGAGUGAGAGACAAAGUGCUGGAGCGACCAAUGGAAAAGACAAGACAUCAGGAGAUAAUGGCAAAGUGCUCACUGCCAGAGGAGGAAUGGAGAAGUGCCUGGCACGAUCCAGCCAGAACCUGCUCGGUCUCUAAGAAAGCCAAGAGGAUCUGCAGUGGAAAUGCCUCGCUGGAGGCUCCUGAAAUAUAUGGGCAGAAGAAGGUCCAAGAAGAAUUUGAUAUCGACAUGGAUGCACCAGAGACAGAGCGUGCAGCUGUGGCCAUUCAGUCUCAGUUCAGAAAAUUCCAGAAGAAAAAGGCAGGAUCACAGUCCUAGUGGGGAAGCUGCUUCCUGGUCCACCCGAAGACACCAAGUUCAACCACCGUCCAUCCAGAAAUGAGAAGAACAAUACCCUAGAGCAAAGUCAUCCACACCCAGUACACACUCCGCUGCUAACCUGAAAUGCAUGAACAGAAACCCAUAGUAUUUAUGCCCCUCUAGGCAGGUGUCCACAAUAAAAUUGUGAGCAGCUUAAUCUGUCUGUCUCCAUUACAAUUCCUCUGCAACGAUUUUCCUCGAUGUUGUAAUAAAAAGGAGGUAAGAGGAGCCAAUCUAGUGUCUGCCUUCAUUUCUCACAUUAGGCGGGACCAUA